CUUCCCCCAGGGCUGCCCCGUCGCCGCCAGCGCUCCUGCCUCGGCGCUGCCCGGCAAGCAGCCUGUCCGUGCGUCCGCCCGCCCGCCCGCAGCCGGUACUCUCAAGAUGCGCUGCGGACUGCUGCUCGCUUUGGCCCUGGCGCUGGGAGUGACCCUCUCCUGGGCUGCCAGCAGGACCCCUUACCAGCAGAUCCUGCAUCACAGCCGCAUCCGCGGCAGGCAUCAAGGUCCCAACGUGUGUGCUGUGCUGAAACUCAUUGGAACAAACAGGCAAUACAUACCAAACUGCAAACUGUGGUACCAGAGGAAAAUCUGUGGAAAAUCGACAGUGAUUGCCUAUGAGUGCUGCCCAGGAUAUGAAGAGGUUCCUGGCGAAAAGGGCUGCCCAGCAGCUUUGCCUCUUUCAAACCUUUACGAAACUCUUGGAGUUGUUGGGGCCACAACCACUCAGCUCUAUUCCGCCAGCUCUAACCUGAGUGCUGAAAUCACAGGUCCUGGGAGCUACACCAUCUUUGCUCCAACCAACGAGGCCUGGGCUUCCUUGCCUGCUGAAAUGUUGGAUUCUUUGGUGAGCAAUGUUAAUAUCGAGCUGUUAAAUGCACUUCGCUACCACAUGGUGAAUAAGCGAGUCCUGACUGAUGAUCUGAAACAUGGAAUAUCUCUUCCUUCAAUGUACCAAAAUAUUGAUAUCCAGAUCCAUCAUUAUCCAAAUGGAAUUGUGACAGUCAACUGUGCAAGGUUAUUGAAAGCUGACCAUCAUGCUACUAACGGAGUGGUCCAUUUGAUAGACAAAGUCAUUUCUACAACAACAAACAAUAUCCUGCAAAUUGUUGAGAUUGAAGAAAGUCUUGAAACCCUUCGGACUGCUGUGGCAGCUGCUGGCCUCAACAAUCUUUUAGAAAAUGAAGGCCAAUUUACAUUGUUAGCUCCAACCAAUGAAGCCUUCAAGAAGAUCCCACAAGAAACUUUCAACAGGAUCCUGGGGGACCCAGAAGCUCUAAAAGAUCUGCUAAGCAACCACAUCCUGAAAACGGCCAUGUGUGCGGAAGCCAUCAUUGCUGGCUUGUCAAUGGAAACGCUGGAUGGCAACAUGUUGGAAAUAGGCUGUAAUGGUGAUGAACUGACCCUCAAUGGACGGCCCAUCAUUGCCAACAGGGAUGUCAUAGCAACCAACGGCGUGAUACACUUUGUCAAUGAACUACUCAUCCCCGACUCUGCUAAGACUUUGUUGGAAUUGGGCCUGGAAUCUGAUGUUUCGACAACUAUUGACCUUUUUAGACGAGCCGGUCUCGACUCACAUCUCAGCGGAAAUGAGCGAUUGACGCUCAUAGCGCCCAUCAACUCUUUCUACAGAGAUCAGACCCCUUCUGCAAACAGGAACUUGCUCCAAGACCUCAUCAUUAAGGAGCAGCUUUCCUCCAAGUACCUUUUUCAUGGACAGAAGCUAGAGACUCUGAGUGGCAAAGAACUGAGAGUCUUUGUGUAUCGCAACAAUCUCUGUAUUGAAAAUGCCUGCAUUGCUGCCCAUGACAAAAGAGGAAGGUUUGGUACCCUGCUCUUUGUGGAUAAGAUGGUGACUCCUCCUGUCGGAACAGUUAUGGAUGUGCUGAAAGCAGAUGACCGCUUCAGUGCCCUGGUAACUGCCAUCCAGUCAGCAGGUCUAACAGAAAUGCUGAACAGGCCAAGUUCAUUCACAGUGUUUGCACCAACAAAUGAAGCUUUCCAAACCAUGCCACAAGGGGAGCUGAGCAAGCUCAUGGGUAAUGCAAAUGAACUUGCCAACUUCCUGAAGUACCACAUUGGAGAUGAAAUUUUGGUUAGUGGAGCAGUUGGUGCUGUUGUGAGAAUCAAGUCCCUACAGGGUGAUAAGCUGGAAGUCAGCACUAAAAACCACAUCAUAAACGUCAACAAGGAACCCGUUGCUGAAGCUGAUAUUAUGGCCACUAAUGGCGUGAUUUAUGCUAUAAAUACUGUUUUACAACCACCAGCUUCUAAGCUCAAUGAAAGAAGUGAUGAUCCUUCAGACCCUGCACUACAAAUCUUCAGGCAUGCCUCUCCAAUAUCCAAGGCUACCUUAAGGAAUUCUAAGCUAGCUCCUGUGUAUUCCAGAUUGUUGGCAAGGAUGAAACAUUAAAGAGACAGCAAUUCUACAUGUAAAGCACAACAAGGGAUUCAGCAAAUUGUGCCAUUGGGCUGUUCAAGAGAAGGACUCCAUUAAAAAUAAAUGAAAUCACCACCACAACCACCAGCAUGUAUCACAGAAAGUUUACCCUUUUCUAACCGAAAUGAAGGAGAGAAAAUAAAAGCCAUAUCUAUUUAAACCGCUGUUUGAUAAGGUUAAUUUUGUUCCCAUUGUAGCUGAUAAUCUGGGGAGCCUCAGGUAUGAGUGUCUGCUCCAAAACAAUUUAGGCCCAAUCUCCAGGGAUGCAUGAGCUAAGAAUGUAUGACUAUGAUUGAUAGUCACCGAUAAAUCUAUGCCUCUCAGGUUAGUGCAUAACAAAGUGCUGAGGAUUUGUAUGUGCUGUCAGGAAUUGAACAUAUUAUCUGCCAUUCCCUGAGUCAGACAGUGAAUCCAGCUAGCUCAGAACCUUCUUGACUGAGCAGCAGUUCUUCCAGUUCUCCGGCAUGCGUCCCUCCUGCCCCUGCUGGCACCUUGGUGAUUGCGCAUGGCCGCGCAUGAUGCAUGCAAACCAUGAACUCUUCCACUGAGCGGCAAGCUUUCCCCAACUGAGAUGGUUUCCUAUAUCAAGCUGCGCUGGCUGGGAUGUGCUUGGUUUUGUAGGCCGUUUUUUCUCUUGAAAAUUGCCCAGGAUUGCAACUCAAGACUUUCCCCCCUUAGAUAUGAAAUAGUUGAGGCUUUGGCUCCAGAAAAAGAAGCCUUUGACCACUCUAGCCUGAAUUACUCUUGGAUUGGCUUCCAUUUUGUUUCAUUUUUCUCCAGAGAGAGAAAUGUCAUUCUGACCAACCUUACAGCUUUGCAGGUAUUCCCUUCCAAACUAAAGACUGGUGAAGCUCAUGGGCCUAACCUUAUUCCUUGCCUUGGGAGCUAAUAGGAUGGUCAGUGUUUCAUACGGUGCUAACAGAUUUUGCUACUUCAUCAAGUUUUUUGUAAUCUAUUUUUUUAGGAGAGUCACAUAACUAUCUAGUAUUCAUUUCUAUAUAUGUAGUGUCAGAAUCAUUGGCUUGUACUUACAGGUUAGGAACUGUCUCUAAACUUUGAUGCUCACUGAACAGCCCACACUUAAGACUAAAUAUCCAGCUUUGUGACUUUCUGAUCUCAGCCUUGCAACCCACAAGCUAAGAUACUCCAUUUUGGUCUUUCUCCUGUAGUCAAAGGAUGAAGGAGGGGACAGUGGGAGCUUUCAACUCUAGAUGCAUUUUGAAAAUGCAAAGCAGGCAGCAAGUUUCUUAGCAAUAACCAAGGAUCAAUGCUACCUUUUUCCCAAACUUGUAGCAGCAAUGGCCUGGUCAUAACUGUGUAUGUGCAUAUUUUAUGAAAAGAAGAUUAAAAGGUAUGACCUGCGACUUUAGUUAAACAGUGACUCUGUAGUCACAAUCCAAGGAGCACUUGGAUUCAUUUGGGCACAGCUAGCUUCACACAUGUUCUUCCAACUACAUCCCACAUCAAUAGUCCAUGAUGGAUAGCAAACAUUUAGGAUAUUUAGAUUUGUAUUGAUGUGGGAGACUGUUGCCAAAAUGUGCCUGUGUACAUAUAGGCCAUCAGACGUGCUAACACAAACACUCCAAAUGCAUCCUAUAAUCCUAUAGACCUUUCUGGGCUCUCUAUGAAAAAUGCAAUUUGUGUGCUUCGGCAAGAACAUGUGGUUUUUAUUUUCUUCUCUCCUGUGCUUUGAAAACCUUCCAUGCAAUUCUGCAUUUAAACAUUUUUAUUUUUUUAAAGCCUCAUUGUUGAUAUUGGGGAAUUUGCAUGAUAUAAGCUAUGAUUUGAUCAGUGCUGUCAAUUAGCUUUUGUUUACACAUAUGGUUCUAACUCUAAUAUCUUUUGUUCUUCCUAAAUCUAAACAUGCACCCUUUCUGUAAUGUGGUCAGAGACGUCUCCCUCAUCAAAACUUUGAAUAAAAAAUUCAUUUGUAAUAAAA